AUGGAUGUGGUUAUAUGCUUGAUGCCGCUCAAAGACGGUUGUGAACCGAACAAUUAUUCUAAGCUUGCCUGGUUUGGAUUUGGAAUGCAUUAUUGUUCGGAUGGUUAUUUCUCAUCUGCAUCUGAAAUAAUGCCAUCUUCCGAUGAUGAAAAGCGGCAUCAACAAACGAUAGCAGAUCGCUUUCAUAGCUUGAAUGAACUGGAAAAAGAAACAAGCAUCGAAGUACUGACAGACGAUUUGUGGUUCGAGUUGGACGAUGAUGAUUUGGAUUGUCGCUUGAGCCCGAGUUCAUCAUCGUUAUAUGAAUCGACUCGUCUUUAUCAGUCGAUGGAUUCUGGCGCUGCCAUUCGUCCACGUCGUCCACCAAUUGCUCUGCCGCCACCUCCGCCACGUUCUGCGCCACCUCUGAGUGAUAACAGUCAGCAGCACAUCAUCGAUGAGGUUUCUGCCACAUCCCUUGCACUCUCAGAAUCAAAUCCAGUACGCAUUAAUGAUAUUGCGACCACAACGGCUACAUGCAGUAAUGCUUUGACAAGACAAGUCAGUACUGUGGAAGAUCCGUGUUUCCUAGCCCACGUGAAGUCAGAUCACACCACGGCAAGCGCAGAAAUACGAUUGCAGCAAUCCUUGUCGACACCGUGUCCGGACAGCAGUGGUGAUGUUGCUAAUAAAGAUGAUCAGUCAUCGACAUCCCGGAAGGAAUCAGAAUACAGACGCUUCAAAAGUGAAGGUUCAUCAGCAGGAGUUUGCUCCUUACCGGCACCCGAAAUGGACGUUACUAUUGAUGACUUGUCUCCAAUAGCCGAUCCACGUUCAUCAUCGCCUAGUCGUCUCAGUUUAUUCCAGGAUACAGUAACCAAUGGACCAUUAACGAAACAUUCACAUACAGAACAGGUGAUGAUGAUGCACACAUUAAAGACUAAGUUAUCAAAAUAUCAAAAUUUCAUUGAUAAAGCAUUCGAACAUAUUGCUCAAGGCAGCGAUGAACAGAUUAUUGAGGGAUGUACAAUAGUAGCAAAGGUCAUGACGAAGGCAUGGAUGUUUCCGAAAAUCUCACAUGAUUUGUCAUAUGCGCUGUGCGAUUUUCUACGUGAUCAAAAUUACUUCGAUUCUCUCAUUAUGAAUUUUAUUAAGGCACAGACUUGCGAACCUGUCCGGUUGGCGUGUGGACGUGUAUUAGAGGAAUGCCUUUCAUUGAAUAAUCGAGAAUAUGUGGUUAAUAAGGGUUACUUGAAAAAGUUGAUUGCAACAGCUGAGAAGCUGAACAAGAAUCCGGAACAACAGCGAAUGUCGUUAUCGAUCAUGGAAAGCUUAUUCAAGCAUUCAACUGCUACCACUUACAGGCUAAUUGAAUACGGUGUUUUGGAUCACAUCUUGCUAACGUGUAAACGUGCUACUGAUACGCCGAUUACUUUACGGCACGCUGCUCUCGCACUUGCUAAUCUGUCAUUGUACAGCUGUUCGGAAGCAAAAAAAAAAAUUAUUCAGAAGAAGGUGCCGGAUUGGCUCUUCUUGCUAGCUUCACAACCAGACGAUAUAACACGUUAUUACGCAUGUUUAGCAAUUUGUAUGCUUGGAAGUACAAAAGAAAUGGAAACAGCGGUGAAUAAGUCGGGUACUUUAGCAUUGGUAGAACCAUUCCUACUUGCUCAUCAAGCGAUUACAUUUGCUGGUGAUCAUUACAAGCAUUCACAAGGACGACCAAAAGAAUGGCUUGAAAGAUUGUUACCGAUGCUUAAGUCAAAAUGUCGCGAAGCACGCAGUAUUGCUGCUUUUCACUUUACAAUGGAAGCAACAAUAAAGAAAGAUCAGCAGAAACUUGAAGUUUUUCAAGAAAUAGGAGCAAUAGCAGCAUUGAAAGAAAUUGCAUCAAGUCCAGAUGAAGUGGCCGCGAAAUUCGCAAGUGAAGCAUUAACUGUGAUAGGUGAAGAAGUACCCUACAAGCUUACUCAACAAGUACCAUGCUGGACAAUUGCGGAUGUGCAAUAUUGGGUGAAGAAGAUUGGCUUUGAAUCCUAUGCAGAUGCGUUUGCAAAACAUAUGGUUGAUGGUGAUUUACUGUUACUGCUAACUGAAAAAGAGCUUGAGCAAGAUCUUCAGAUGUCUUCUGCCCUUCUUAGAAAACGCUUCAUCCGCGAAUUGGAAAGCCUUAAAAUCGCAGCCGACUACGGAAGUGUAGACGAAAGUCAGUUAGAUCAGUUCCUGAUGUCAUUAAGUCCCGAAUUAUCAGUUUAUACAUAUCAAAUGCUUGGUAUGGGUCUGAAUCGUAGUUUGUUACCGUCCUUAACUGAUGAAAUGAUGAAAACUGUGUGUGGCAUGCAUAAUCCUAUCCAUAGGCUGAAAUUGAGGCAAGCAUUGCAAGACAGCAAACAUAUCGAUGACAUUGAAGUUGCGAUACUGAGUAAGCAAAUUGAUGUAUUCAUAAGUUAUCGGCGCAGUACGGGUAAUCAACUGGCCAGUCUUAUCAAAGUUUUACUUCAGCUUAGAGGAUAUAAGGUAUUUAUUGAUGUUGAUAAAUUGUAUGCCGGUAAAUUCGAUUCAUCAUUGCUGAAAAAUAUUCAGGCAGCAAAACACUUCAUUCUUGUGUUAACACCAAAUUCUUUGGAUAGGUUAUUCAAUGAUCACAAUUGCGAAGACUGGAUACAUAAAGAGCUACGAUGUGCGUUUGACUAUCACAAAAAUGUGAUACCGAUUUUUGAUCAGCAUUUCGAUUUCCCUGCUGAUACUGAUUUGCCAGCUGAUAUACGGCAUAUAACUCGUUACAAUGGUGUACGAUGGGUACAUGAUUAUCAGGAAGCUUGUAUGGAUAAAGUGGAACGUUUUAUCAAAGGCGAAUUGAAUCGAACACCGAGUAUUGGUCAACAGCAGACAUCGGUGACAUCAAGCGCAAGUAGUGGAGCACAACAGCGUAAAGUAUCUGCACGAUGGUCAAUUGCAAAAACAACCCAAAAAUGUUCGGUAACAAGGCAACAACACAGCGAAAUGUCAAACAACCAUUGUAUGUCACCUCGACCGCCUCUGAAAAGCAGCGCAACAAACAGUAUCAACCGCUCGUGA